AUGGCCGAUGACGAAGAAAAUGAUCCAACAGCACCAUUUAAUGAAUUAGAAGCAUUUGAUUCUCUUUGGGAAGCUUUAACAUGGAAACAAAUUAAAAAACGUGUUCCUAUAUGUGCUCAAAAAACACUUUACAAUCGAUACUUUUUAGCUAAUCUUGUUUAUCUUAUCUAUGCAAUUGGUAUUCUCUUAAUCGAUUUUUAUCCAAGAUCCUAUCCUGACGAAGGAUCAGAGAACGAAACCUGCACUAAUUAUUCUAGUGAAUACACUUAUGAUGAAAAUUGUACUGAGCCGGAACGCGAAUUUAGUUUGGAAAAUAGACUGUAUAUUGGCUUAGGAGUAAUACAUCUGGUUUCUGCUACAUUGUAUUGGUGGGCAUGGAGAGAUCAUCGCUGGAAUGAUGUUAUUAUGAUACCGGAAUAUUUAAAUCAUAUUGAAGCAGCUUUAUAUUUAUGGAGUGCUAUAUGGUAUGUAAGAGAAGAAACAUGCGGUUUGUAUGGUUAUGGUUACUAUACUACAAGAAUUCAUAUAAUUGAAACUGUAGCAGCAUUUGUUGAAUUAUUUGCAUCAUUUGGAUGGAUCAUGUCUUGGUAUCGAACAUAUACACGUGCCAUUUGCCGUGGUUUUACAUUUGAUGAUCCUGAUACAGUUGCAUAUACAUUGACAACAUUAAGUUCAUUUAUUUACAUAACCUACAACAUUCAAAUAUUACAAAAUCCAGAAUUGUAUGAGUUGAACGGCAUUUAUACUAAUGGUGACAUUAUUUAUUCUGUUGGCGCUUUUUUUUAUCUAUGGGCAAAUUUGCGUGACGAUGGUUGGCUAUGGUGGUUACCUGUUGGUGGACAGUAUGGACUUGCAGCAGGAAGAAUUCAAAUUGGAAAACCUGUUAAAGUUGGUUUACCUCAUCUAUUAAUUGGUGGAGGUGACCCAUGUGCAAACUGUUGUCGUUCACCUUUUAAAAAUAAUUUAGUCAUAGUAAAUAAUGAUGUAGUACCUCUAGAUGAAAAACAAAAUGCAACCAACAAUAAUACCAAAGAUGCUGUAAAUCGCGUAUAA